CUGGCUCAGAGGUUGCAGAGGGCUUGCACCGUGCACAUCUGUCCCCUUUGCACAGAACAGUGUUUUCUCGUGUCUGUCCCAGAAAUCAUCUAAACGUGGUGAGGAAUCCAAAGCGAGUGAGGAGCAGGUCGUGCUUCCAGAUGGACCUCAGAGGACGGAAAGCUCUCACUUCACGAUGCCUCCUGUUAAAGGCAUGUCGCACACCAUACCCAGCCACGUUCUGAGAGUGGGCCAGACCAUCCGCAUGGACCAGGCUUCAGACACCAAGUCCAGCGACCCAGGAGAUCAGGACCUGGACAUUUCCCUGGAAAAUCUCAACCAGCUUAUAUUGGAACUGGAUCCAACAUUUGAACCCAUUGAAAUAAAAAGCCCCACGUGUGUCAACCCUCCAGCAGGUGACUUUUCCCGUUGCGUGUUGGUUUCAAGAGGAUGUCCUCCCAGCUCUCUGCCCACAGCGGUGCCGUCCGUGUCGCCCAGCAUCCCCAUCCCAACACACAACGGUCUCAGCUCCAGCCUGCAGGGGGCGCUAGUGUUCUCCAGCUCCCCCACGUCCUGUCUCCCACCUUUGCCCUUUGGCAGUGCACCCAGGAGGAAUUAUUCGCUGAGGCACGACUCCUCCCAGGGUUCCCUGCGCCUGUGCCAGUCCAACAGAAACAGCGCCACCUCACUGCUGUCCACGUCUACGUGCUCGGACACCAGCUACAUCCUGGGCAGCAACCUGUCCUUGACCGGAGAAGACCCCGACUCUCCAGAGUCACUCCCCCCCUGCAGGUCCGGUUCCUUCAGUGACAAGUCCAGAACCCGUCUGUUUGAGAAUCGGCCCUCCCUGACAAAGAAAGAGCAUCUGCAGGAGCUCCACUGCAAAGGAACGCAGAGCAGCCCCGCCUCCCUCUCUGGGUCGCACAACGAUAUUCCUUUACUGCUCAUUAACGGAGCACCAGAGCCGGAUCUGAGCAGCACCGGACCAGAACCUGCAGUUGACGUUCCUGAGUCCACCUCCAAGCAAAGAUGCUUGAGUCUGAGCAGCAGCCAAUCAUCCAUGAAGUUUGUCAUGGAUACCUCAAAGUUCUGGUUCCGUCCACACAUCAGCAGAGCAGAAGCUGAAGCCUGUUUGAGGGACAAGGAAGCAGGAGCGUUUGUGAUCAGAGACAGCACCUCCUUCAGGGGAAGCUUCGGCUUGGCCAUGAAGGUGGACCAAUCUCCCACCUCUGCAGGAGAACUCAAAUCCGAUGUGAUCAGACACUUCCUGAUUGAAUCUUCAGCCAAAGGGGUUCGCAUCAAGGGCUCGUCCCAGGAGCCGUUCUUCGGAAGCCUGUCUGCUCUGGUCUACCAGCACACCGUCUCUGCUUACGCCUUACCCUGCAGAUUACUGCUCCAAUCUCAAGAUCUGAAGGCAGCAGAAGAGAAGCCUCAUGAGAAUGCAGCAUCUGAGGACCAAACCAAAACUGCCUGUAAUUUCGUUUACCUGGACGCCGUUCCCACUGAGAUGCUGACCGGCCCGUGCGCCGUGCAGAAAGCCGUGACCUCGAUGCUGGAGAAGGCCUCGGGCUCGUUCACGCCUGCCCUAGUCAACCUGAAGGUGUCUGGGAAGGGCGUCACUCUGACGGACAUCAACAGAAGGCUGUUCUUCAGACGCCAUUACCCCACGCAUUUACUGAGCUACGGCGGCGAGGACCCAGACGGUCGAUUAUGGUGGAGAGGUUCCAGCUUUGGAGCCAGGAUGUUUGGCUUCGUGGCUAAAAGCAUGGAGGCCGGCGUGGAGAAUGUGUGCCACGUCUUUGCCGAGCACGACCCCCUGCAGCCCUGCAGCACGGCCAUCCACUUCAUUCAGGCUGCCAUAAACAAACAAUGACGCAAGAGUCUGGAAGGCGGAGCUUUGUGCCACGCUCUUGAAGAGAGGAAAACGGCAUACACAUCCUGGACUCAGGUGACACUUUAAAUGUCUGUAAAGAGGACAAAAACGCACCUUAUAAUCCCAACAAUACAGCUCUGUCCAUGGCAGCUGGAUAAAAGGGGGCGGAGUCAAGCUCUUAAACCCUCCUACAACCACACACUCAGAGUGGGCGUGUCUGAUUUAAAAUUAUUUGAAACUGACCUUUGCACUGAACACUUAGGAACAAGCAAACCAUGAAACUAUGAUCUAUAUAUAUAAGGUCUUAAAUACAAAGUUCCAACCCAUUAAAUAGGGUCCUUUAAUACUGUCAUUAUAUUUACAUCUUUUUUUGAGCUGGGCUGUUUAACAGUGAAUUUUAUUUUUUUAACUUUACUGUGUGACAGAGAUAAUAGGUGCAGAUCUGAGCUUCAUUCUGGAAGUCUAAAGCCAAUUUUUCAACAAUGGAAUGCUUGUAUUGUUUUAUCACACAAAAACUUGUCGUUUAGGUGUGAACAGAUGAAUAAAAUAAUAUAAAAUCACACAGUUUUUGUUUUUUUUGUUUAACUUUAGUAAGUAAUUUCUUCCAAGACAAGAACAAAUUUGAUCUAACUCAUUUUUUGUACACUAGACUACGUUAGAUUGUACCAGCGGAUUAGUGAAGCUACAAAGACGACUCUAUUUUAGUUUCUUCUCACAGCUAACUGAGAUGUUGUGAAUUUUUAGCACCUGCUUUAUGUCAUGUGCCCGUUUCACACAUGUCGGCUGCUGUAACCAAACUGUUUCUGCAGGAGUGGAAAACCGCAGACCAAGAGAUUAGCAGUCAGAAUACAGUGUAUUUUGCCUAGAGAUGAUUUAACAAAUAAAAUAAACACAGAUUAACUUUCACGGUCAAUAAAAAUACCCGGCUGAACUUGAAGCUCAAAAGGAUCAAAGAACAAACAAUGUUUCUAUUGAUUAAAAAAAGCAUGAAAGGACUUGAACUGAUGCUUUGCGGAUUCAAAAUGUAUUUAUUGCUUUGCUUUCUGUAAAUACCUGUUUUUUUUCAUUUGUAAUUCAAAAUAAAAAUGGUAACCUCA